GCCUGGACUCGUUGCUGCUGCUGCUGCUGCUGCUGGUGCUCUCGACUCGAUCGUCUCUGCUCUAGAUCGCUGGUUCGUCUUUGUCGCCUUUGGCAUCUCCCUCGUCCUCGCCCUCCGUUGCCCUGUCCAUCGUCUGCCCAAUGGAUCCGUGGAUCGGUUCGAGCACAGCGCCCAAUGCCAGCGGCUUCAGCAGCAACCAUUCCAACGCCAGUUCCGCCGACAACAUCAACGCCGUCUCGGCGAACCGGAUCUCGCUCCAGCCGCGCCCGGCCUCGGCCGGUGUGGUCUCUCCGCCAAGUUGGUCGCCAGCCCCGCUGCCUUCCCUUUCGCAGCAGCUCCAACACGACCCGUCGGCGGCAUCGUCCUUUGCUACCGCAGCGCCCGAAGAUCGUCGUGAAGAGCCUUUGGCGUCGUUCCCGCCCACUUCGCUCUCCCAUCCGGACCCGGCACGCAAGCAUCCUGCCUUCACCGGAUCCAGUCUCGCUCGGCCGGGCUCUGAAUUCGAUCGUUCGUAUCCGAGCUUGCCCCACAGCGACGAUAUCGGCCCCACAGACACCGGCCCUGCUUAUAUGAGCUCGGCGGACGAGCGAAGACAUAUUCGACCAGCGUCGUCUCAGCAUACACCCGACCCCUACUACAAGCUCCAGUCGAACUCCCCACGGCCGUAUAUCGCUGGCGAAGGGUUCCCUGGAACGCCUGUUGCUUCCCGAAGCCGAAUGGACCCGAGCCCGGUGUCCACCCCCGGCCACCCUCGAUUCCUCCCACGCCAGUCCGAAUCAAACGAGACUUCGCCUUCCGAACGGCGUGAUCCUUACCGAAGCUACGACUCUGCUGCAGACGACUCGAGCCUUAGUCCUGGCUUCAUGCACCCGAUCAAGUCCAGUUCGAGCUCUGCUGCAAGCUCGCCACUCCCAAGCGGUCUGCGGCGUCCUAUCGAUUCUCGUCUUUCCUCUGGGGCGCCGUUGCACGCGGCGAGUCAUGAGGAUCUCUCGGGUGCUUCGAUCGACUCGAGCGGCAGCGUCCAUGGUCUUGGCCGGCCUGGGCCAGAACCCGACUCUCAUUUCAGCAAUGCUUUUCGACCCUGGGCAUCGACGCCCGACAAGUCCUUCCCGACUUUCAAGGACGAGCGCUAUUCACAAGGCUCUCCUGUGUAUCGGAGCGAUCGGAUGACCUCUUCAGAUUCGCUGCAUUCUGCAUCAGGUCCAAUCAAGACCGACGCGCAUACCCAUCCAGCCGAGUCGCCGUCUCCUUUCGACUCGCGGGCGUACUCGUCCGAGUGGGACCAUCGCCCCUCGCAGCGGGAGCCGUUCAAGGAUAUCAGCCUCCCGGGUCUGGGGCCCCAUCACUCCGACACCCCCGCCGACUCCCGAUUCCGCGAAGAGCAGCCCUCCGAGCGUCCAAAGGGCUCCGAGGUCGACCGAACAAGAUACGACCCAGGCCCGUAUGGCUCGCAGUAUGCAACGGCCCCAGCGCAUACACACGGAGAGGAUACCACAUCUUCUGCUUCAUCGCACCGCUGGAGCUCCUCACGACAGUACCCGAGCGAAGCACAGUUACUUGGACGGCCAGCGCGGCCCUAUUCCAUUCCUGGAGAUCCCCUCGACUCACGGUGUCAAGCGACGGCGGUGCCCAGGGCGCCCAUACCAACGUCUUGAUUGGCGGCUCACUGAAAAGGGAGGGGAGCUUCGUCACCAGCGAUGCCCAAAUCAUAGGCCCCGAAAAGACCGAUGUACAUACCCCCUACCAAAAGUACAAGGUCAAGCGCGAUUCAGCUGCUGGCCCCGACGACCCGACCAAGCCCAAGGCUCGAGGACGCA